AUGGCAACGACAACAGAAGUCAGCCAACCACUCAUCGUUAUUGUGUCUGGUGGUGGACCAGUUGGUCUAACAUUUUCACUUCAUUUAACAAUGAUGAUGGGUAAACAUGUUAAAAUAAUUAUUUAUGAAGGACGAUGGU